ACAAUGAGCACCAUCUUCUUUAAUAAUACGAUUAAUGAGCUCCGUCUGGAGGGAAAGCUGUGCGAUGCUGUGAUCUCAGUCGAUGACGUUGAGUUUAAAGUCCACAGGAUCAUCCUCUGCAACUGCGGCUCAUACUUCAGAGAUCUCUUCCGCAGCAAAUCAUCAACAUCAGGGCAGCAGGUCUACAGUUUUUCCCAGGUGUCACCCAAUAUAAUGAAUCUCAUUGUGGAAUACGCCUACACCGGCUCUGUUGUGGUGACGGAGGAGAAUGUGCUGGAGCUGCUGGCGGGAGCAGACUACUUCAGCGUCAAGGGCAUCAUGCAGGCCUGCUGCAACUUUGUGGAGCAGCAUCUUAGUUCCAAGAACUGCGUCCACAUGUGGAUGGUGGCAGACAUCCACAAAUGUCCUGAGCUGAGGCAAAAGGCCUACAUUCACAUGCUGCAUCACUUUAAGGAGGUCGCAGGGUUCUCUCUGAAGUUCCUGCAGCUUUCUGUGGAGCAGAUGGCCGAUUUAAUUAAGAAGGACGAGCUCAACGCGAGACAGGAGAGCACCGUGUUUGAGGCUGUCCUCCGUUGGAUCGAAUACGCUCCUGAGGAACGCAGAUGUCACAUGGCCACCCUACUGAGCAAGGUGCGCCUGCUGCUAAUGUCCAGUGAGUACUUGAUGGACACAGUGAGCACAAACGCUCUUGUGACUAAAUGUUCGCUGUGCAAGAAAAUGGUCAUUCAAGCCAUGAAGACCCUGCGUGAGUCCAAUACAAACCGACCUCUGACGCGCACACGCCUGCCCUCUGCUGUGCUAUUUGCUAUCGGUGGUUGGGCGAAUAAUUGUCCAACCAACAGGAUCGAAAUAUACAAUGUUCGGGCUGACCGCUGGGUGAAAGUGAACAAUGAGGAGGCUCCUCGAGCAUUCUACGGCUGCGUCUGCCUCAACGAAUUUGUCUACUGUAUCGGAGGCUAUGAUGGUCUAAAAUAUUUAAGCAGUGUACGAAAGCUCAACCUCGUCACUCAGACCUGGCAAGACGUGGGGCCAAUGCACGCAGUCCGAUGCUACGUCAGCGUGGUGGCACUGAAUGGCUGCAUAUAUGCCAUGGGAGGCUGUGAUGGAAACUCAAAACUCAAAACUGCAGAGCGAUACCAGCCUGCCAUCAGCCAGUGGACUCUGAUCGCACCAAUGAACGAGAAGAGGAGCAAUGCCGGCACGGCAACGCUACACGGCAAGGUGUACAUUUGCGGUGGUUUCAAAAGGAAUGAACCUCUGUCAAGUGCCGAGUGCUACAACCCUGACACCAACCAGUGGACGUUAAUCGCCUCCAUGGAAAUUGGGUGUAAUGCAGGACGGGCCGCUGCCUACAAAGACCGAAUAUAUGUAAUUGGUGGCUACAGAAAUAGCUCACAUACGAGCAGAGCCAUUGCCUAUGACCCACUGUCAAACCAGUGGAGCAUGGUGAAUCCCAUAAUUCACGCUCGCAGCAGCUUUGGCAUCGCGGUGUUGGAGGACCAGCUGUACGUGGCUGGAGGGUUCGACAAUCACGGCACCAUCUCUAAGGUGGAGCGCUUUGAUGAAAAGGCCAACAGGUGGCACAUUGUCCGGGACAUGAAGAUUCCCCGCAGCGGCCUCAGCUGCUGUGUGGUGGAUCGAUACCCCUACGCUACUGCGUAUCUAGGAUUACAAUCAACUAGCAUUUAAUAGUUGAUUAAUAUUUUGUAUUAAUCUGAAUCUGUAAAGUAACUAAAGCUGUCAAAUAAAUAUUAGUGGAGUAAAAAGUGCAACAUUUGCCUCUGAGAGUGGAGUAGAAGGGAAAUAGCUUCUUCUGUAAUGAACGCAACAGACUGGGACAAGGAGCAAUAUCGGGGGCAGAGCCAAAUGUUGUACAUAUUUAGGGCUCAGCCCAAAUCUAUGGAGGUCCUGGGGCAUUUACGGCAGCUAUUUGCACUAUUUUUCAAGACAUUUGAUAAGAGAAUGUCUAAAAAUCUCUACAUCAUUUGGUAAAAAAAAAUGAGUUGUCAAGUAAAAAAAAAAAAAUGAAAUUAUCCUGUAAAGCCUACAUACUUUGUAUCUAAUUGUUCUCCAACAUUUUCAUCAGUCAGAAACCAGAACACAACAAAUGUUUGGGAUGACUUAUUUUCGCUCCUGCCACCUAAAAAGAGGCUCAAAUUGUCCGAUAUUUUUUUUUUUUACAUUUUUACAUAACAUAGGGAGGAAUUUGGCAUUAACAGCAUUACUAAUCUUGAAACCUAUUUCUGUUUUACGAUGCUGGAGUAGAGUUCACAGAAUGAAUGUUUUGCUAACAAAUCUGCUACAUUUGAAUCAAAUGCCAUAAUAAUCUGGGCUGUUCUAAUUGCAAAUCAAGGAUCCACAACAAUGCCGAGUAAAUAUGGUCUUCAAAACUUUGAAUUGAAUAUUAUCUACUCAAUUAUAUUAGAGUUUAUUAAUGGUUUAAAACCGAAAACAUUGGGGCCUGGAGCCCCAGAAGCCACCCCUCACUCCGCCUCUGAUCAAUAGUGUAAUAAAGUCACUGUACAAGUAAUUUACUACCUCAAAGAAGUGAAUUUAGUGUUAAGUUACUCUUUACCAGCACUUAGGCAGAUCAAAUUGACAGAAAAUAUAAUUGUGAAGUAAAAUGAAUACAGAAAAGGGAAAAAGUCUUAUAUUUUCUUCCAUUGGCUAGUCAAAAAUGUCUUUACAUUACAGAGUUGUGUUCACAGACUGUAUAAAAUAGUUCUGCUUAUACUCACGAACUCUGCAUAAAAGCAGACACAUUUGGCAAUGGAAAACUAAAUAUUUGCGUGUGCUUGUAGGGACAAAAAAGUUUCACUUGUUAAACAUGUGAAAAAAGGACUGCAUGAAACCACUGACAGGAAAUAAAUAAAAAUAAAUAAAUUCAAAAA